GGUCUUAUGGAUAUAAUCAAUCAAGAUAACACUCAAAUUAAAUACAUACUUUUAUAUGGCAAUAAUCAUUCAAGAUUGUACAAUAUCUUUAAUUUACAAAUAUUUUGAAAUUUCUAUAAAAACAAUUAUUUCUUAGCAAAAAAGUUGCACCUAAAGUUGUACAGUACUAUAAAGAGGGGGGCAAAAUGGCUAAUUCAUUUUCUCAUCAUAAAUUGCAGCUAUACUAAUUAUGGCGAACCUCCUCUCAACUGGCGUUAUUAUUGCAAAUAGAGAAAUUCCUCAAAAGUAUGUGCUUCCGCCUGAAAAAAGAACGGGUCAUGCAGGCAAAAUAGAAAUUCCAAUAAUUGAUCUAAAUGAUGAAAAGAAUUCAAUCCAGCACAUUAUGAAAGCAAGCCAAGAUUUGGGAUUAUUUCAGGUGAUAAACCAUGGAAUUUCUAGCGAGUUAAUGAAUAAUGCAAUGAACGUGUUCAAGGAAGUAUUUAAUUUACCUCCAGAGGAAAGAUCGAAAAUAAACAUGAAAGAGGAUUUAAAAAAUAUUUGCAGAAUUUAUUCGAGCAGCUACAACUAUGAUACCGAGGAAUUUCACUUUUGGAGGGAUGUUUUGAGGCACAAUUGCAACCCUUUGGAGGAAUGCAUCAAAUUUUGGCCUCAAAAUCCCAAAAAUUAUAGGGAGAUAGUUGGGGCAUAUGUUGUUGCCUUGAAGGGCAUGGGAAUGAAGAUUUUAGAGAAUAUAUCUGAAGGACUUGGGUUAGAAAAAGAUUUUUUUGCAAAUGAACUAACAGAAGACAACAUCUUAACUAUAAAUCACUAUCCGAUAUGCCCUGAUCCAAGCUUGACCAUAGGGCUACCCAAGCACAAAGAUCCGACCCUUAUAAAUAUAGUUCAAGCACCUGCCGAUAUUCCGGGGCUCCAACUCUUUAAGGAUGAGCAAUGGUUUGGUUUUGAGACGGCUCCUAAUGCAUUUCUAGUCUUUGUGGGCAAUCAACUUGAGGUUGUUAGCAAUGGGAAGAUGAAAGGGGUGGUGCAUCGAGUCGUGACAAACUCAAACAACGCGCGAACAACUGCAGUGUUCUUCGUCAGUCCAUCGAUGGAGUGCAUUGUUAAGCCAGCUAAAGCUCUUUCUGAAGCAGAAGAUUGUGGUCCACUUUAUAAAGCAUUUCGAUACAAGGACUAUUUUGACAUCCACACUGGCCAUGAUGGGGAUAGAGAUGCUAUACUCGAAACUUAUGAUUUUAAGAUCUAAUAAUCAUCAAUGCCAAAAUUAUACCACCUUCAUCAUAAAAUGUUGGUUGUACCUACUUUAAUUGUUUUUGUCGCACAAAAAAUAUAAGUUAAAGUAGAGAUAUUGUUAUUGAGAUACAUUAUAGAUUAAAGUUAUGUUGUUAUGAUUAUUCCAGUAAGUAAUGUCAAAAUACUAGA